UUGUUACGCACUGUGCACCCCAGACUUGACUGCCACCGAUAUUUCCAUCGUUCCGAUCUAAAACGGUUGUGAAGUGUGCUAUAAAAUCCACAAGACCCACCUUCGAACUCCAUCAUUCUCGGCUUCUUUUGUGUAUUACAUUUCAGAUCAGAGCAAGGAAAAAAGAGUUCUUUUUGUUUUUAUUUGGUUCAGAAAGAAAAAUUCUUACUGAAAAAAAAUGGCCACCGAUGAUCUUAUGGCUCAGCUUUCAAAAUCCCUUGACAUGGGUACCAGAGAAGAAAGAUGGAGUCUUAAGGGAAAGACUGCUCUUGUCACUGGCGGAACCAGAGGCAUUGGACAUGCCAUUGUGGAGGAACUUGCUGGGUUUGGUGCUGCCGUACAUACAUGUUCAAGGAAUCAGGCAGAGCUUGAUGACAAAUUGAAAGACUGGGCGACCAAGGGGUUUAAAGUUACCGGUUCAGUAUGCGAUUUGUCAUCAAAAACAUCACGAGAAGAGUUAAUAAAGACUGUGUCCUCUGUUUUUGGUUGCAAACUCAACAUCCUUGUAAACAAUGCUGCAACAAGUGUACUCAAACGUGCUACAGACUACACUUCCGAAGAAUUCGAUCGUAUAAUGGAAACCAAUGUCAAGUCCCCAUACCAGUUGUGCCAACUUGCACACCCUCUUCUAAAAGCAUCUGGAAAUGGAAGCAUUAUAUUCAUUUCCUCUCUUGCUGGUGUGAUGGCCCUACCUGCCCAAACUGUGUAUGGAGCAUCCAAAGCUGCAAUCAAUCAAAUGACACAAAACUUGGCUUGUGAAUGGGCAAAGGACAACAUUCGCACCAACACAGUUGCACCAUGGGGUGUCAGAACCACUGUUAUGAAACCCGAGGAUAUGGAUCCAUCCAUCAUGAUGAUGUUCAUGCCACUAAUGGCUCGUACUCCUCUCCGUCCCAUCGCAGAGCCCCAAGAGAUUUCAGGAAUUGUGACCUUCCUUUGCCUUCCUGCUGCUUCAUACAUUACAGGGCAGGUUGUUGUUGUUGAUGGUGGAUAUACAGCAGGUGGUUUUACCGUUUGAGGAGUCAAGUUUGCAGGCAGCUCUUUCAAUUUUGUCUCAUCACAGUAUCAACACACCUACCGUUAACUAAAUAAGCUUCAAGUACUGAAGGCAGAAAGGUCACCAAAACUUCUAUGUAUUAUGGUUUUCGCUUCUGUUGUUGAGCUUGAAAAUCUUCAUAUAUGUUGAAUUUAGGUUUGUUUUGCUAUUUUCUUCUUGGGCUUGUCCCUAUCUUCUGUAUUUCGGAUUAAUAAACUUUAUCUACGUACUGAAGAAAAGUUGCUUCAUAUAUGUUUGUAUGCAUUCAAAUUUGGUUUGAAAUUCACGAGUGUCACAAUUAUUUUGAAAUUACAAAUAAUGAAAUUGAG